AUUAAGUCGUUUCACAUUUACACGCGUGUUUUUCUGUGCACCGUUGUUACGCCGUGGAAGGAGCGUUUGGUUUGUCAUACGUGUCAUCCAGGGUUGUGAGAAAACUUAAGAAAGUCCGCCUUUGAGAGAUGCCACCGAAGAAAAAGGCCCAAGUGGUUAAAAAAACAGCAAAGUCAGAGAAGGGCGAUGACGGUGAAACAGCGCCCUCUGGUGGUAAGAGGAAAACUGCAGCUUCUGUUGACCGUGGAGGAAAUAAACAGAAGAUUCCAUCAUCAUCAGCUGACUCCUCUCUGCACUGCCAUUGGCUGAUGAAGUCUGAGCCCGAGAGUCGCUUUGAGAACGGGAUCGAUGUAAAGUUUGGAAUCGAGGAUCUGAAGAAGCUGCCUGAUCAGACCGGCUGCUGGGACGGAGUCCGAAACUACCAGGCACGGAACUUUAUGAGGCAGAUGAAAGAAGGACAACUGGCUUUCUUUUACCACAGCAACUGCAAAGAGCCGGGGAUCGCAGGACUCAUGAAAAUCGUGAAGGAGUCUUACGUGGACCACACGCAGUUUGACAGGAAAGACGUCCAUUAUGACGCCAGCAGCAAACCAGAGAACCCAAAGUGGAGCAUGGUUGACGUCCAGUACCAGAGAACGAUGAAGCGUUACAUUCCUCUCUCCGAGCUGAAGAAGUACCACCUGCAGCAUCGAGACAAAGGCGGUCCUCUGAAGGACAUGGCCCUUUUUACUCGGGCCAGACUCUCAGUGCAGCCUCUCACCACCGAGGAGUUUGACUUUGUCCUCAGUUUGGAGGACAAAGAGCCACUGUGAGGACGUGACGUCCUCAAACUGCAGCUUUUGUGAUGCUCACUUUCUUAAUUCUAUAUACAUAAUAAAUGCAUUUUUUGUCACAUGA